AGGCGUUUCUCUCUGUCCGUCUGUCUACCCCCCCUUCCCCCUCCCUUGUUUUUAAACCCCUUAGUCAGAGACAGGGUGCAAACUAAAAGCCACCACCACCACCAUCUCCUUUAGGAGAUACUCCGGCCUGCCGCACACCUGCCUCGCUGGCAAGGCAGAUCGGGCAGGCAGGGGCUGGCGGGACGGACGGCCGCGGGAGCGGGCCGGUCUCGCCUCUCGGUAGUGCCCGCGGCGGCAGAAGACGAGCGGCUGCUGCAGGGGGACCAUCUUGCCGCUGCUCCUCCGGCGGCGUCUCCGUGCGGCGGAGGGGCCGGCUGGGAGGGGAGGGAGAACCUGCUGCUCGGGGGCUCUGUUUACGUACACACAUAGCUGCGAGAGGGGAGUUUCUCCUGCCGGCGCGUCCUGCGAGCUGCCUGGAGAAUCCCGAGUCGGAGCUCUGCCGAGCGGGGCGGGAGAGGAGAGCCGAGGCAGGGCAUGAGUUUUAGCGCGAAAAGCGGCGCUUCGCUGAGCUCCCGGGCAGCGCGGUGGUGGUGGCGGCAGCAGCCGUCCUGCGCCGCGGCAGCUCCUGCCUGGUCCUUCGGUGGCAGCUGGUCGCGGCCCAUCCUGGACAUGUCCUACUCCCGUCAGUUUCUGGAUUUCCAGGGCUCGUCCAUCCCCAGCUCCAUGAAGAAGCUGGUGGUGACUAAGCUGAGCCAAAACUUCAGGGAAGCGGUCACCCUGCAGCAGGACUCGCCCGUGCCACUCCCGGGAGACGGAGACCUCCUGGUCAGGAACAGAUUUGUCGGCAUCAAUGCAUCUGAUAUAAACUACUCAGCUGGUCGAUAUGACGCCUCGGUUAAACCCCCCUUUGAUAUAGGCUUUGAAGGUGUCGGUGAAGUGGUAGCGUUAGGGCUCAGUGCUAGUGCAGAUUACACGGUGGGGCAAGCUGUGGCCUACGUGAAAGCAGGUUCCUUUGCUGAAUACACAGUUGUGCCGGCCAGACAAGCAGUCCCUCUACCCUCAGUGAAACCCGAGUUUCUCACUCUAAUGGUAAGUGGCGCGACUGCAUACCUCAGUUUGAAAGAGCUGGGAGACCUGUCUGAAGGCAAGAAGGUUCUGGUGACAGCAGCAGCUGGAGGAACAGGCCAGUUCGCUGUGCAGCUUGCAAAGAAGGCAAAAUGCCAUGUAAUUGGAACCUGCUCCAGUGAUGAAAAGGGUGGCUUUCUGAAAUCCAUUGGCUGUGACCGUGCCAUCAACUAUAAAACUGAAAAUGUCGAAUCUGUGCUUAGGAAGGACUACCCCGAAGGUGUGGAUGUGGUGUAUGAAUCUGUUGGAGGAAAGAUGUUUGACUUGGCUCUCAAUGCCUUGGCUAUCAAAGGGCGCCUGAUAGUUAUUGGGUUUAUCGCUGGCUACCAAAACCCCACUGGCCUCCAGCCCAUUAAAGCAGAGUUAUUGCCAGCAAAACUAUUGAAGAAGUCUGCUAGCGUCCGGGGUUUCUUCUUAAACCAUUACCUUUCUGACUACAAAAUGGCUCUGCAGCAUUUGCUCAAGAUGUAUGAAAGAGGAGACCUGGUUUGUGAGGUGGACUUUGGAGACAUGUCUCCUGAGGGCAAGUUCACUGGCUUGGAAUCUGUGUUCCGUGCUGUAGAUUACAUGUACAUGGGAAAAAACAUUGGAAAAAUUGUAGUUGAAUUACCUCACUCUGUCAACAGUAAGCUGUAAAAACAGAACAAUGAUAUAAAUCAGAAGAGAGAAAAUGGGCACUUUAUGCCUCAGAUUUACUAGAAACAAUUUCUUUUUUUAUGCUUAGUAAUGGAUAUUAUAUUAAAAAACAGCAUUAAAGUGUUAAUAAAAAAGGGGUGGGUUUUUUGGGGGGUUUUUUGUUUGUUUGUUUUUAUUUUCUUAAAAGUGUUUAAAUCAGUGGCUGUAGCAGGCACAUAAUGGGCCUGUGUUUGAUAUUGUCACUUAGGUUAGCAUGAGACAAGAACAUUGUUCUUGACAGAAUAAGUCUUGAUGCAGAGGCAGAUUUAGUCUGUCAGCCUGAUUUGAUAAGACUUCAUCUGUAGUUCAGCUCAGGAAAAAAAAAUCUUUCAGCAAUUUUGAUUCCCUGAUUUAAAAAUAAAAUUGUUAGAACAAGAAUAAGUAAAGAGUUGUAUCUUUGGGUUGUUCUAUUAAUCUUUUGAAGUUUCUGGGAAAAAAAUGCUCUUGAUUUUCUGUCACAAACAUGAUAAUCAUAAUUCAGUUGCAUCAUGGAUCAUAGUAAUAUUCCUUGACUGGUUACACAGGGAAAUUUAUCCUCCAAUUCUGACAUGUCAGUAAUAUUAAGCAACUUGACUUUUUUUUUUUUAAUCCUGUCUUUAGUAACUAUAAACAACUGCACAAUUUUCUUUUAAAUCUUUAGCUACAAGUUGCAAUAUAGUCUCAUUUUGUUGCCUUUUCAUUUUCCAGUGUUACUGUUUAUUGUCCAGUCUCCCCUUUAGUCAGUAUUUAAAGAUUGUUGGAAUGGGAUUUUGAGCCGUGUUCAUGUGUGUUCACGCCCUGUAUAUUUUUUGAAGAUUAAAUAAAGUUUUAAAAGCUAUUUAAA